GCAGACAAAAGAGGAGAGUCGGUGUGUACGGACAGAGAGAACAAGGGAGAAGCAAAGCAUCAUUUUAUGACGCGAAGGUGUCGGGUCCGAGAGCGGAACGCGUAACGACGGGAUCUAAUGGCUUUUCGUAUUAUUUUGGGCCCGGUGUAACAAUGAGCGGAUAGAGUACGAAAAGGAAGUACCUGAAAUGGUGGGCUCGGAGUAGUAGCUCGUAGAACGUAAAAUGUAAAUGGUCGCAGGUAUAGCAGAGUUUCAGCAACGCCGUUAAUAUUCAGCUUCGAAUAUGGCGGUGCAAACCAUGUGGAUAAGGAAGCACAUGCUCCAAUCACCCUGCGCCGAUUUCGCUCAUCCGGAACGCCAAAUGUCCGAAAACGAAAUGCGAGUGAUGCGUUCGAUUCAAAAGCUGUCGAUACCGGAUUGGUAUUUGAACAAGAGUUCGCGCCCGCCAAAAAUACUUUCGAACGACACGCCGAUAGAUCGACGUCCAGCGCCAUGGAAGAAUUUGCCGGUAAAGAAAUCUUCGGUUCCAAUAACGACGACUGCGCAACAGAAAAAUUGUGCAGUAUUGCGCAACGGUGCUUCAGAGACUGUAAUCGAAUCCUCUUCGAGAAGCAAAAAGAAUAACUGCACUUAUAAAAUCAACCGAAAUUCACCGACGAAGAAGUCUCCGGCGAAGCAGGCUGCUGCAGCGUCGAAGAGCGCGGAAAGCAGUCCCGGAAAAUCGAAGCUCGCGAGCAACAGUCAAACCUUUCCCCGCGUCUCGCCCAGCCGAAAAAUCCAAAACAUCAAUAUCGUCUUUCCCCAAGAAAUUGAAAAUCAGAAGCGUCUCAUGGUAACAAACUUGGACGAUCUGUCGGGCGAGGAUAUGCCGAGGGAUUCGUUGGUCGAGACAGAAACGGGAAAAGAUGAGCAAAGUCGCGCCACAGCUCGGGGCGCCUGCGCCAAGCCGAACGACGCUGAUUUCCUUCCAGAAAGAGCCUCGACUCCCGAAACGUCUCGGAACUCGAGCGAAGCCGGUUCCGAUUUGACAUCGGGAAAAGUGAAUCGUAGGGGUCCCUCUAUCUGCCCAUUUUUUAUUAAAAGUUCGCUCGUCGAAGCAAAAUCAAAAGUCGAAAGUGACGAAGAAGAAUCGCGAAAAUCGUCGCUUCCGAUCCGUGCGUUGGGCGCUGGAAAAAAAUGCCAGGAGGACAAUUCUGCGAGAAAUAUAAUAUUCGGGAAGGAAAACAAGAGACAGAGUGCGUUCCCAGCGAAGAAGGUCGCCGCGGCAGCAGAAAGGCAACAGUGCGGUUCUUGCAACACCGCAACAGCUGGUCAAACCUCGACGUCAUCUUCUCGAACAUCGAGUUUUAGACCGAAAACAAUGCUUCCUCCGAUCCCCGAAAAAAGUAUCGAUUCAGUACAGUUUUUCAACCCGUCGAAUAUUCGUCUCAAAAAAUCUACGAGCAAUUCGUUCUUCAAUGUGCCGAUCAAGUCAGCGGAGGUAAACAAAUUAACAAAAACUGUCGCGCCGUCCGAAGCUCGCACGAGUCUCGUGAGCGACAUUAUCGAGGAGCUCAAUCAAAGGUGCAAAAUAUCUCCGAAAUCAAGCCUCGUCUCUCCGAGCUCAAAGAACUUCGUAAAAAAGCUCGUGAGAGCGUUGGAAACUGGAGUGACUCGGAAAAAUGAGAAACAAGAAAUUCCGUACAUAAAAUUUACGAAUCGUAACGGUACCGAAGAGCUUCUCGACGAAGAUGUUUUCAUCGAUGGAGAAAACAGCAGCGAGGACGAGGUUAAGUCGGUGGCAGUAUCGACGUCGAUAUCGUACAAAGGAACUGACAGUAGCAGCAACACCAGCGACACGGAUCCGGGAUCGCCAACGAUCAAGUAUAAUUACGACGAUUUAUACAAUUGGAAUUCAAUGAUUCAUAAUAACCAGGAGCCAACCGUUCCGUUGAACAACAACAACAACAACAAUAACAACAACAACAACAACAAAAACAACAACAGUAACAAAAAAGACCGUACGAGCAAUCACAAUUCAGAAAAAGCCGAGCCGAUCGAAGAGAACGAAGUGAUGUACUGGAUCCAAAAAUGCGACUGGAAUUUACCGAGAACUAGUUCUCUGUUGAGCCUCAAUUCGCGAGUUUCUUCGAACAAGUUUGACCAAUCUUGCCGUUGCAUAAGCCCCAUAGACCAGCCGAACGAUCGUGGCUCUGUAUUAUCAUCGCGAUCAGGAAGACUGUCGUCUAACGGUUGGGGCAACGUUUACAUAACCUCCAGAACUCCGCCUAUCCGAAAACCCCGUCUCAAUAAAACGACCGUUUUGGAUUCCGGGUAUUCGGACAGAUCGAGUUCCUCUCCAUCCUCGUACACGGAAGACAAACAUUUAUUUGAUUACACUGGAACCACUCAAACGGCUUCCGAAACUGACUAUUGCAACGAUUCAAUUACCUCCGAGCGAAGAACAAGCCGAAUCCAUGGACGACCCAUUAUUAUUUGAACAAAUGCACUCUCGAAAUGGGAGGAUCGAACAAAACAGUAAUCUCAGAGAAAAAGUACUAUUUGUAAAUUUGUAUCCACGUUCGUUUGCAAUUAGCAGUGUAGGUUGUCACUACGCUGCUUUUUUUACCUCCAUUUUUGUUUACGGCUGUGGCAAAACUGCGUAUCCAGCGUUUCGUAGUCGAUUGAGAUCGCUGUCUUUAUUUAUGAACUUGUUUCCUACGUGCCGAGGUGUGACUUUAAAAAACUAUUGUUCAUUAUAAUACGAUGUUUCAGUGACUUUAGUCAUUAUAGUCAUUUUGAGAGAAUGUUUUAUUGCAUUAUAAAUGAGACUCAUAUAUUUUACGCUAUUUCCAUUGGAAUGUGACUAUUUCAAAAACUUUCAAUGUUCCUGCUCAUGUCGCUUUAGAGUAUUGAAUUUUUUUCGACUCUUCAGAUCAAAUGAAAAUUUAUAAUUCAUCUUGAAUUUCAUGUGCUAUAUUCAAAAGUUAUUACCGUUUUUUUUCUAAAAUUUUCAUAAUGAAAUUUGAAACACGCUUCAUCAUUGUCGAUUGAAAGUAAGAAUAUUUUAUUUUAAUUCCGUAUCACGUUCUUGCGGUAAAAGAUUGUAUUGUAUAACAAUAACAUUUAUACAAAUUUGAUAUAAAUAUAUGUAUACAUAUUUGCGAUUCGAUUAAUAAAGUAUAGUGCAAUAAAAAAAGAAAAA